AUGCGUCACUUCAACUCCCUACUUCUCUCCACUGCGCUGGGAGCCAACGCCAUCAACCUUUACGCAGCCACGUCGGAUGGAAACGUCACCUCUCUUUCUCUGACCGUUGGCGACAGCGGCAACAAUCUUACAGUCUCCAGCAAGACUGCCUGCGGCGCCAAUGCGUCAUGGCUGACCUUUGACUCCAAGACCCGGCUACUGUACUGUCUGGAUCGUGGAGUUUCGUCCUCUACGAAUGGAUCCAUGAACUCUUAUUCAGCUUCGGCUGAUGGAGUUUUGACGAGCAUCGACUCUGUCACCGCACCCCUCUCUGGUGUCAGUCACGAAGUCUUUACCAACGAAGCUGGCAAGCGUGGCUUUGCUACCGCAUCAUACAACCGGAGUUCGAUCUCCGUCAUCGGCCUGGGAGAGGAUGGUGCCCUCGACGAGCCCCUUCAAAUCAUCUAUCCGACCCUCGAGACCACCGGUCCCGUGACCGCCCGCCAAGACAGAUCGUACAUGCAUCAGGUGCUUGUCGACCCCCAGGGCAAGUAUCUCGUCAUGAACGAUCUUGGCGGCGAUCGCACCAGGAUUCUGAAGUGGGAUGCCGAGAACCUGGCCCCUCUCACCGAGUUGGAGCCUCUGCGUACCGAUCCUGGAUCCGGUCCCCGUCAUGGAGUUUUCUGGAAGUCGCCCACCUCUGACGACUUGUUUUAUUUCGUUGUCGGCGAGCUGUCGCAAUACGUCUACACGUACAAGAUUACCUACACCGAUGCUGGCCUGACGGGAACCAAGAUCUUUGAGAUUCCCGGACUGGGAUUCGAGAAUGAGGUCCCCGCUCUGACGUCCCCCCUGUCCGAGAUUGCGCUUUCGCCGGACAACAAGUUCCUCAUCGUCUCCCACCGUGAUGUGUCCUUUGCCAACUCCACCAAGACUGCCUCUGGCCCCUCGGACACCCUCUCCACCUUUACCAUCAAUGACGACGGCACCCUUGACCUCCUCCAGCUUGCCCCAUCAGGUGGCUGGUCCCCGCGCCAUUUCGCCCUCAACAAGGCGGGCGAUCUCGUUGCCGUCGGUCACCAGAACAACAGGACUGUUGUCAUCUGGGAGCGUAACCUGGAGACUGGCAAGAUUGUCACUGCUGAGGAGGGUGGUCCCGUCGGUAUCGUUCAGCUCUCGGGGGCUGUUGUCGCCACCAUCUGGGAUGAGUAG